AUGACGAUUGACGCAGUUCCAAUGUCUCAUACUGCUGGCAUUAACAGUCCAUUGAAAUCUCUUUGUGGUGGAAGGGAUACAUGGAGGAUUAAAGUAAGGGUUAUUCGUGUAUGGGAGAUGUCUCCAGUUUCUCAACCAUCAAAACCAUAUGCUAUGAAUUUGGUCUUGGUUGAUUCUGAUGGUAUGAGGAUUGAAGCGGUCAUACGUAAAGGCAUGAUCCAGAAAUUCAAGAGGCUGAUUGUUGAGGGCCAAGUUUACAAAAUAGUAUACUUCAAUGUUGUUGAAAAUGAUGGAGCUUAUCGUGCAUCCCCACAUGAGUUCAAGAUUGUGUUUAAUGGUAGGACAAAGGUGGAACGUGACCAAUCUGAUAUCAUACCAUUGAACUCUUUCUACUUCAAGAACUCUGAAGAAAUCUCUGCUACCCUUGGUGAAUCAGAUGUUUUGGUUGAUAUGAUUGGGUUGGUUACUGCUAUAUCUACUGAAAAGCAAUAUGUGAAGGGUGGUAAUGUUAAUAAGAUUAUUGUGUUGGAGCUCACUGAUGAUAGGGGGAAAGUCCAUUGUUCAUUCUUUGGGCGAUAUGUGGAUAUUGUUAGGCAGUUUGCAGCUGUUGGAGGUCAUGGUAUGCCUGUAGCAAUUAUUCAGUUUGCUAAGGUCCGUUUAAGGUUUAAAAUUCAAAUGGUUUAUGUGGCAGUGCCUACUUUUAUAAUUUGGCAAGCAUUUUUGAGAUGUUCUUAUGUUGUGUGUUUUGGUGCAGGAGAUGUUGUUCUACAAAAUGUUAUGAAUGCUACCAAACUUAUGUGGAAUCCUGAUGUGCCUGAGGCUAAUUCAUUUCGUGAUGGGUUGGCAUUGCAUGAUAUUGAUGUUGACCUUCCUAUUGGACAAAUUGAUGAUGGGUUUCGUCGGCUUCCAACUGAUCAAGACUCUGUUUCUCUCUUCCCUAGGAAGAGUAUUGGUGAACUGCACAGUACUGGAGAGGAAGGUAGGUUCACAGUGAUGGCAGAGAUUGUUGGCUUAACUGAUGGAGAGAAGUGGUGGUAUACUUCUUGCCAUUGCCAUAGGUCUGUUACAGCUGAGGAUGGACUAUAUUUUUGCUCUGCUUGCUGUGUCCAUGUAUUUGAAGUUACCCCAAGAUUCAGGGUGAAAUUUGAGGUUUCUGAUGGUGAAGACCUUGCUACAUUUGUGUUGUUUGAUGCUGAUUGUCAAAAUCUGAUUAACAAGACUUGCAAAGAAUUAGUUGUUAGCUCCAAGGCCAGUAAAGCUAUUAUUUUUUUGAUUUUCUACCAUUUAAGUAUACCCAAAAUUACUUUAGCCAAGGACUAAGGCUAUCAAUUCUGAUUUGCAGGGUGUUAUGGGAGAUGGGGAAUAUCCUGCUGAAAUUUAUGGUCUGAUAGGUACAAAGCUGAUUUUCAUUGUUGAAAAGUUAGCUGACCAUGGUUCAAAGUAUGAUCAUUCUUACAAGGUGAAGAGUAUAUGUGCUGAUGAGACUUUAGUGGAAGCUUUUAAUGACAAUGAGAAUGUUCAAACUGCAAACAAUGUUCAAUCAAGUGAUGUUGAAGGAUCAAACUUAACUCCUGAAAAUUCUGACACUAUAACACAGCUUGGCCCCAAUGUUAUUUCUUUGGAUGACAUCUUACCUGGUGAUGGGUCUGCUGUAUAUUCAUCAGUUGGAAGUGGUAGUGGAUUGGAAGCAAGUUCUAGCAAGCCUUCCAAAAAAAUGCGUCUGAGGGGAACGAAAGUGGAAAAGCUGUGAAUGUGAAGUUUAGUUAGUUGCCUUGGUUUUAAUUGGAGCUUCUCAGACUUUUGGCUAAUCAUUUGUGCAUUGUUGGGUUAUUGUGGUGAACCCACCACAUGCACUUUGACUGUGAUCUGAGAAGUAUUUGGAUGUUUUCCAACUUUAGGGCAACAAUAAGUAGUAUUUAUAUUUUGAUGUUAUGUAGUAUGUUGUUGUUAAUUUCCAAUUUCCAAGUCUCUUUAUG